UUGGAUGUUGUUUCAUUUUUUUUUUUUGAACGUAUCCGUAUAAUGGUGGUGGUAGAUGUAUCUACAGAUCAAACCCCCAAGGAUCGACCGGGGAAGUGGUGCACGGCUGUCAGCUUCAAUCCACCUUCCAGUUUCCCUUGUUCUUCUGCACCAGACAACAAAGCUACCACCAUGGUUUGUGGAUCGGAUACUCAUAAUAUCUGCUCUUCUGGUUGCUGUGGCAGGCAACAUAAGGGGAUCAAGACCAGGGAUGUAUACAUUCCCCAUACUUUUGAACUAAGGGUCUAUUAA